AUGGCUGGGAUGUACAAUCAAGACGGCGGCGGAGGUGCGCCUAUCCCAUCGUACGGUGGUGAUGGAUACGGCGGAGGUGGAGGUUAUGGAGGCGGUGAUGCUGGAUACGGCGGACGCAGUGGCUCUGGCGGAGGUGGUUACGGCGGACGAGGUGGUUACAACGGCGGUGGUAGAGGAAAUCGAGAUUCGCUGUUGAAUUACGUUCUAGAAAGAGACAAUGGUUCUUAUGGUCAGGCUCCAACACCUCCUGCUGCAGCCAUUCCAUCCUACGAUGGUUCUGGCAGUUACCCUCCACCCUCGGGGUAUGGAAUGGAAGCGGUUCCUCCGCCUUCAAGCUAUUCUGGUGGGCCCCCAUCAUAUGGUGGUCCCACAGGGGGUUAUGGCGGUGAUGCACCGAGCACUGGUGGUCGGGGUAGUAGGGGCGGUGGAUAUGAUGGUGGCAGUGCUCCUCGACGUCAGGAACCUAGUUAUGAAGAUGCAGGUUCUGAAAAAGUCAAGCAGUGCGAUGAGAAUUGUGAUGAUACUUGCGAUAAUGCCAGGAUAUACAUCUCUAAUUUACCUCUGGAUGUGACUGUUGAUGAACUCAAGGAUCUCUUUGGUGGCAUUGGCCAAGUUGCAAGAAUUAAGCAGAAGCGGGGUUACAAAGAUCAGUGGCCCUAUAAUAUCAAGAUGUACACUGAUGAGAAGGGAAACAAUAAAGGUGAUGCGUGUCUGUCUUAUGAAGAUCCUAGCGCCGCACACUCCGCUGGCGGCUUUUUCAACAGUAUGUACAAUGGAAGUGCUAUCCGGAAUUUUAAUUGCUUAAAGUUCUUUUUGAUGAGCGAUGGUUGA